CAGAAGCACUGCUUUCCUCCUCCUCGCAAUCUUGCGAAAUCACCCAUGAAUUCUCUCGCGUAAAGCGGCGCGAGCGUCCAGCCUCUUCCGUCUAAAAGGGUUAAAGAAAAGAAACCUCACCAUAAACAGCAUGAGUAGCUGCGGUUUCCUGAAUAUGGCGACGAUAGGAAAUUUCGACCCGCUCAGCGCCACUAUUCCUGCCACAAAAAUUGAGAUUACAGUCUCGUGCAGAAAACUGCUUGACAUGGACACAUUUUCCAAAUCAGAUCCAAUCUGUGUGCUGUACAUACAAGGCAUUGGCAACAAAGAGUGGCGAGAGUUUGGGCGGACGGAAGUUAUUGAUAACACUUUGAACCCAGAUUUUGUGCGAAAAUUCAUAUUGGACUACUUUUUUGAAGAAAGACAGAACUUAAAGUUUGAUCUGUAUGAUGUCGACUCCAAGAGCAGCAACCUUUCAAAACAUGAUUUCCUUGGCCAGGCUUUUUGUACAUUGGGAGAGGUGGUGGGUUCGUUGGGCGGUCGUAUGGAGAAACCUCUUGGGGGGAUUCCAGGGAAGAAAUGUGGGACGAUUAUUGUGAAGGCCGAGGAGCUUAGCAACUGCAGGGAGUCUGUGAUGAUGCAAUUUUGUGGCAACAAACUGGACAAAAAGGACUUCUUUGGCAAAUCGGACCCUUUCUUAGUGUUUUAUCGCAGCAAUGAGGAUGGAACAUUUACCAUUUGCCAUAAGACAGAGGUGGUGAAGAUCAAUCUGAACCCUGUGUGGCAAGCCUUUAAAAUCCCCGUCAGAGCCCUGUGCAAUGGCGAUUUUGACAGAACGAUCAAGGUUGAAGUGUAUGACUGGGAUCGGGAUGGCGGUCAUGACUUCAUUGGAGAAUUCAGCACAAGCUACAGAGAACUGUCAAGAGGCCAGUCACAAUUUAACGUGUAUGAGGUCAUAAACCCGAAGAAGAAAGGCAAGAAGAAAAAAUAUCUCAACUCUGGAACUGUGACACUGCUGUCAUUUCUCGUUGAUAUUGAAGCCACCUUCCUGGAUUACAUCAAAGGCGGCUACGCUCAAAUAGAGAAGGAGCUCUAUGAGGUCUUAUUCGGCUGCAAGUGCUUUCAUCAGUAUGUGGAUGGCCGUGAAGUCAUAGUGGAGUAUGAUCACAAGCCGCUUGAAUCAGUGAUGAAAAAACCUCUAGCUCCGCCGCGACUUCAAAGAAUGAUUCUUCAACUCCAGAAAUAUGACAUCACCAUCACACACCGGCCAGGAAAGGAGAUUCCAGUGGCGGACACCCUCUCUAGAAAGUCCAUAAAGACAGAGCACGACAAUCUCAGCGAAGGAAUGGACAUGCAGGUUCACAUGAAUGGAAACCCUCAGAAUCCAUAUUGCAAUGGCAUUGAUGGAGUCAUGGAGGCAUAUUACCAGAGUCUAAAGUCCGUCCAGCUCUAUGGACCUACCAACUUCUCGCCUGUCAUUAACCAUGUAGCCAGAUAUGCUGCCUCAAUAAAGGAUGGCUCACAGUACUUCAUCCUCCUCAUCAUCACAGAUGGAGUGAUAUCAGAUAUGGCCCAGACAAAGGAGUCCAUUGUUAAUGCUGCAUGUCUUCCCAUGUCAAUUAUUAUUGUUGGAGUUGGACCAGCCGAGUUCGAUGCCAUGAUCGAGUUGGAUGGUGAUGAAGUCAGAAUCUCAUCCAGAGGCAGAUAUGCUGAGAGAGACAUCGUACAGUUUGUUCCAUUCAGAGACUACAUUGAUCGCACUGGGAAUCACAUCCUCAGCAUGGCCCGCCUGGCCAAAGACGUUCUUGCUGAGAUCCCAGACCAGUUCCUAUCCUAUAUGAGGACCAGAGGAAUCAAGCCGUCUCCUGCUCCCCCUCCGUAUACACCCCCAGGACACCCACUGCAAACUCAGAUCUAAAAUGAGCCCUGGAGCGAGCCUUGCAGUAUCUCAGUAUCGCUUUCUCAAUCACUCAGUGAGAUGAUGUUUUCCUCAGCUCUCAGCUCUUUCUGUCCCUUUCUCUUUGCACUAUGGGGGCUGUAGAUGGACAACAUGGUUAGACAGGGUUCUGAGAACAGGUUUACUUCCAUUACAGGCAUUCUCUGUCAGGAUGUCUCUCAGUUUCUCUCUCUGUCUCUCAAUGCCUGGCUAGCUUGUUUCUGAGGGCCGCAUUGUAGAAUGAACGUGUUUCUGGCUAACUGUGAAAAGAAGGAUGAAGUUGUAUGCAGGUAAGGAAAGACUAAAAAAUGAGCUGAUGAUGUUGCACCCUGUCUCAGAACAGCAGAGCAGCUUCCUCUUCCUCAGACCAGGAAAAGGCUAACAAAUCACCAGUUGCAAAUAGACUGUUGUAAAUAACUUCUUCUUCCGUCAUUUCUUAUCUCUUCCUCUCUUUCUUCUCUGAGCUCUCACUCAAUGUUUACAUGUUAAUGAUUUUCUUACUGUUGGAUCUAACUUUUAUAAGCGUAUAUCUUCAACAUGAACUUUGCCGUGCAAAUCCUCGCAGUGUGUGAUCUUUGCCAUGUCCGUCAGGUGGCAGGGGCUGGUGUCGUUGCGGAAAACCACAUUUCUUGCAUGGAAAUGAUGUGCUCAGGCAUGUGAUGCAUGUUGUGCAGCGUUCAUGUUAUUUGGCCUUUUCUUGUUCUCUCUUUUCUCUCACUUACUUUCUCUUUCUCUUUUUUUUUUUUUUGCCCUGGCAAAAGCACGAUAGAUGGGCACCUCAUCAUGUAUAAAGAACCUCAUAGGACUCAGCGUGCUUCAUUACAUUUAGAUCUGAGCAGCUGCUCUCAAAUAAGAGCCCAGUGGUCAAAAACACAGAUACCAUUAUUGUUUUAUGUCUUGUUUUUAUUGUUAUUAUUUUAUGUCUUAUUUUAAAACAUUGUAUGGAUGUUUUGUCAUUUUCUCUUGAUUUGGUGAUGCUGUAUUAUCUUUUUCCAAUAACAUGUAGAUUCAUCCAUCAUAUUUGAUCAUUACCUGGUAGAGUUGCCCAAAGAUAGUGUCAAAAAACACAAAGCUUAUUUCGAAAUCCUUCUUCUUGGAUUUCAUUGUUAAUAUUUAAGUGUUGAAACCUGAUAAGAUGCAGAAUUAUACACCUAAUUUAAGUUAUUUUUUCUAGAAGUGUUUUUGAUCCCAUUAUUUUAGAAAUGUGCUGUUAGUAUCAAAUAGUUACAAAAACUGGAACACUAGUUCAAAACAUGACUGUCGUCAUUUGUUUCUAGCAAAUGAAGUGAAUCAUAUUGACUUCUGGUUUAUUAUGAUUCACUUCAUUUAGCAGAGUUAUUUUAUACAAAAUUUUUCCAUUGCAAAAUACUCUGAAUGUUUUUGUUCUAAAACAUUCACACAUAGCAAAUGUGAAUGUUCCAGUAUGUAGCAACUCAUUUUUUUUUUCUUCACACAUUAGUGUAGUGAACUAUUUUGGGUAACAGCCUCAGGUUGAAAGGGAACUUUCCCCUUUGGAAUUCAGGAUUGUCAUUUCAGUUGUGCUGCUUUGUCACACAUACAAUAUUCACGAGAUGUUAACACAUAAAGUAGACCCAAAAAGCAUUCAGAAGCGUGUGCCAAAUCUACUGAAUCAAUGUAUGAAUGUCAUAAAAAAAAAAUCUAAGGACGUAUAAUUUUAAUGAAGGAAAAAGCAUUUAACAAACAUAAUUAUUUUAAAUUUAAAGUGAUAUAAUACAAGACAUCAAAUUAAAAAAAAAAUGGUUUCUGGUUAUCAGUUAUUGAUAGAACAUGUACUUGUGAUGUACUACAGUACACCAGUGUUUACUGGUGCAAAGUAACUUGUAACCAGAUUAUUUUAAUAUUAUAAUAAUAUUAUACUAAAAAUGUUUUGUUGACUGCUUUUGUUUCACUAUCAACUCAACUCAUUCAUUUUAAAUGGAAUUCUUAAGUAGGCACAAUUUAUAUUUGUCUACAAAACUACUUUCCAGCAUUUAAGCAUACCACUUAAAUAAAAAAAAAGUUUUUAAGAUCAUGAUAAACACAAAUUCAGUCACAGAGUAAUAGCUGACGAAUGAUGCAUGUGUGAAAAAGCAGC